CUUUCUUCGAUGAUGUACAAGUUUCUCCUUCUCUUGCUAAUACCAUUGGUGUAUGGAAACUUAUCAGAUGGCUGGGAAGGUCCUGGUGAUCGAAUAACUCGUGCUGGACCUGUCAUAACUUUAAAUCAAGGGAGGAUAAGAGGCUUGAUUGAACGUUAUGAUGGAAGUGAGACUUUUGUGUGCUAUAAAGGAAUUCCUUAUGCUGAACCACCUGUCGGCGAAUUAAGAUGGAAGUCUCCUGUACCUGCAGCUGGAUGGAGUGGAACUAGAGAUGGUAGUCUUUUUGGUGCUAACUGUCCACAGCUCGCAAGCCCUAUUAUUGGAACUAGACAGCCAUUUGUGACUAGUGAAGAUUGCUUGUUUCUUAAUGUCUUCACACCUGAUCGAUUAAUUAUGAGAAAUUUGCCUGUUUUCUUCCAUAUCCAUCAAGGAGGAUUCAACAGCGAGUCAGGAGAUCCUAACCUUACUGGAUGGGAAUUCAUACCUGAAUACGGCCAUGCUAUCUACGUAACAUUCAAUUAUCGAUUAGAUGUUCUUGGACAUCUCAAUACUGAAGAUCAGUAUGCAACUGGAAAUUAUGCAUUAAAGGAUAUUCUUGAAGCCCUAAGAUGGGUUAAUAGAAACAUUCAUAGCUUCGGUGGUGAUCCAAAUAAUGUUAUUUUGAUGGGACAUAAUGCUGGUGGAGUUAUUGUGCAAUCGCUCCUAUAUUCUCAAGAUGCUGCAGGUCUUUUUGCCAAGGCUGUAUCUUUAUCUGGUUCUUUGUUCCAAGCUUAUCCCUUCCAACCGAAUCCAAAAGAAAAGGCUGAGGCUUUGGGGAGAACACUGAAUCUAGAGUUUAACAAUACAGAAGAAUUAGUAGCACAAUUGAGAGAAUUCACACCUGAGCAGCUAUUAGAAGCCUCAAAUUUAUUUACACCAACUGAAAUGCCAAACAAGUUUGCUCCACGUGCAUUCGUUCCAUCAAUCGAUGCUGAAGGCACUGAAGAGGUUAGACUAAUCCCAAUGCAUCCUGACAUUCUUGCACGAAAUGCUACGAUCAACAAUGUCCCAUUAAUGAUUGGAUUUAACAGCAUGCAUUCAAUGGAGAACUUGAACUUCCCAGAAGGAAGAAAUCGAUUUAACGAAGAUCCACAUUUAUUGAUUCCUGAUGCAUGGCAAAUUGAACGAGAUAGUGCUGAGGCACAUGAGAUAAUUGAUGGAUUUAGACGAGUUUAUUUUGGAGGAUCAGAAGAAAUAACUGAAGAAAUGAUGAUUCAAUGGAUGGAAUACUGUUCUGAUCGUGAAAAUAUAUUCCCAAUGUUCAAGUUUGUCGACUUCCAUUACCAGCAUCAGCCUGUCUUCUUUUAUAGAUUCAGCUUUACAGGUGCUUUUAGCUUCCAUCAACAAAACAUGAACUUAGUUGAUGUUAAUGGCGCAACAGUUGAAGACGAUUUCAUGUAUCUCCAUCGGAUGAACAGACAAAGAAAUCCAGUACCUUUAAAUAACCAUGCAUAUACAGUUCAAGAACGAUAUUUGAGACUCAUGAUUAAUUUUGGACGAUUUGCAAAUCCAACACCAUUCCGACUUGAUCCAUUACUUCAAAACACUCAAUGGCCACAAGUCACAGCCAAUAUGGAGUUUUUGGACAUUGGAAGAAGUCUUGUUAUUGACAGUCAUCCAUUUAUGGAGAGAAUGAAUUUGUGGAGGGAUUUUGAUAGCAGAUUUAACAAGUUUUAAAAGCUUAUAAUUGAUUUUGAAGUGUUGUGGCUGACAUAUGAUGUCAGUUUUUAUUAGAUUAGUGUAGUAUAGCUUUUUAAAUGUCUCUAAAGCUUGAA